AUGAGUGCCGAAGCCGACCGAUGUGCAGGCAGGCUCUUUGACAACCAGCACGGCGUGAUCGGGGAAGUCGAGGGAGGAAGCGGCCAGAUUCAACGGUACGCCGACGGGAAGCCCACAAGAUUCAACUUCAAGAAAAGCUUCUCUCGGGCACCCAACCUGCAGAUCACCCCCAUACUCACCGACCGCCAAGGAGCUUUCCACAGCUUCUAUCUCUACCUGCUCCAUCCCUCGGGCGGCCCGCCAGUAGACAAGGACGGCUUCUACCUCGGAAUCUUUAGCGACACCGGCAACAAGGUGGACUUUCAGUAUUUCGCAAACAGCAUCUUCGAGGCGUAA